AUGGUGGACUUAUUGUAUUAUUACAACAAGUGCUUUGCAUUCAUCAUCCGAACAUAUAUGGGCUUUGCCAGAAAUGUAGCGGCCACUCCAGACGAAAUCCGCCAAAUCAAGUCCCGGGAUGCUACCCGGACCAUCAAGGUUCACCUAUAUCGACCACCUGGCUCCAGCCCAUCACCUGUCCUGAUCAACUUUCACGGAAGUGGCUUCGUAAUACCCCUCCAUGGUGGCGACGAUGAGUUUUGUCGACGAGUCAGUCACGAAACCAAGCACACGGUCUUGGACGUUCGCUAUCGUCUAGCACCAGAAUACCCCUUCCCCGCCGCGCUGAACGAUGUGGAAGACGCCAUCAAAUAUGUGUUUUCUUGUCCCGAUGAAUUCGACCUGACUCGUGUAUCCAUAUCAGGAUUUAGUGCGGGUGGCAACCUCGCGCUGGCCGCUGCGUCAAAUCUCUUCCCUCGCGAUACUUUCCGCUCCCUGAUAUCGAUUUAUCCUGUUACGGAUCUAAGCCCUGAUCCGGCUUCGAAGAUAGCACCUGCCCGUGGGGACUUUGUAAUUCCUCUUCCUGUUAUGCGCCUCUUCGACCGUUGCUAUAUCCCCUCAUCCCUGGACAAACGGGAUCCGCGCAUUUCGCCGCUCUACGCCGAGGCGGAUCGGUUUCCACGACGUGUGCUUAUUAUUACCGCAGAUGGCGAUACCCUCGCGCUUGAGGGAGAGGAGCUGGCCCGGAAGAUCAAGAGAUUGCACGGUUGGCAUGUGGUCAGCGAGCGCAUGGCGGGGUGUAGCCAUGGAUGGGACAAGAGCACGAGGGUAGGAAGUCCGCAAUACCAAGCUAAAGAGCGGGCUUAUCAACUGGCAUUUGAUAUGUUGAACGGGAGCUAG